CGGAAGUGUGCGUUGUUUUGACUCGGUGUGUGCGCGUGAGAGAGAGAGAGAGAGAGAGAGAGAGAGAGAGAAAUAUCUGUAAAAAUGGAAACAACUCGACUUGCUAAACUGGAGUUUGCGGUGCAGAUGAGCUGUGAGAGCUGCGUGCGGGCUGUUAAAGGUGCACUUGAAAAACAGCCUGGCGUGCAGUCGGUGCAGGUGGACUUGGCUCAGGAAGAGGUUUUGGUUGAGACGUCACUUCCCACUCGAGAGGUUCAGGGUCUGAUUGAGAGCACAGGCAGGCGAGCUGUACUGAAGGGGAUCGGAGGAUCAGGACCAGAUCUGGGUGCUGCCGUGGCUAUGUUGAGUGGGGCAGGACAAGUCCAGGGUGUUGUCCGGUUCCUGCAGCUAUCUGAGAAUCGUUGUUUGAUUGACGGCACGAUCGACGGCUUAGAACCCGGUGCUCAUGGCCUUCAUGUGCAUGAACUCGGAGACCUCACACAGGACUGCAUGAGUUGUGGUGAGCACUACAACCCAUUUGGGAAGCAGCACGGAGGCCCACAGGACACUGAGAGGCAUGUUGGGGAUUUGGGUAACGUGCAGGUCGGAGCAGACGGCAGAGCCACGUUCAGACUGGAGGACUCGCAGCUGAAGGUGUGGGACGUGAUCGGUCGCUCGCUGGUGGUGGAUUCGGGAGAAGAUGAUCUGGGAAGAGGAAAUCAUCCUCUGUCUAGACAAACAGGAAACUCCGGUGAGAGGCUAGCAUGUGGGAUCAUCGCUCGCACUGCAGGACUCUUUCAGAACCCCAAACAGAUCUGUGCCUGUGAUGGAGUCACUCUGUGGGAGGAGAGAGAUCGUCCAAUAGCAGGAAAAGGACGCAAAAAAGUCCCCGAUGCUCCAGCUGCCAAUUUAUGACCAUGUGACCACUCACUGUACUAAGGAUGAAUGAUUGACAGAUUGCACUUACAGGUACAGUAAUCAGUGCGCUUUAAUCUGGUGCUGAAUGGUGCCUGCUUGUUCCCACGCUGGCUGCUGCAGGGGAUUUCUCUUCACUAAAAUGCUUACUGUGCUGUCAGUCCUGUACAUCCAAAUUCAUUCAAAACAUGGUGGCUGACGAGGAAAAAAAACAUUAAAUGUCUGAUGAAAGACUAUUUCUUAUUUCUUCAAAUUUGCUUUCAUGCACCAUCAGAGCAGAAAUGACCCUUAUUUACACAUUUCAAGGUUUUCUUUUUUAUUCUUUUUAACUACAAGAAUACAAAAUGUGUCACCAUGUUUGUGGUAAUCCUACAAACAGUACAGUACAUUUGCAGUAUGUUCAUUCACGAGUCACACAACAACCCGAAAAACAACAACAUAAAAAUAUAAAUGCCACAGCUGUUUAUACAUGAGAGCCAAAAAAGCUAAAUUUGCUAUGCUCACUGAGUGGGAGGGGCAUACUGUGUCUCAGCUGUCAAUCACAGCUACACCAGCCAAUUCUGAAGUAAUCCUGGACUAAAUUUUGCCAUCAGGUUUUACCCCAGGACUGAUGUUAACCUCUGACAGAUCACUAACUUCAUCAAGCUAAAAGCUCUUCAUGAAAAAUCAACCCAUUCUAAAAUUUAACAAUAUAAGUUGUUGUCUAUUAAGAAUUGUAUUACUGGUUUCCCGAGUUUCAGAAAGUUUGCAAUCUGAAAACAAGUGAAUCUAAAUGAAACUUUACUGUCCCAAAUUCUGAGGUUCAUUUAAUGUGUAAUCUGUAAUUAAUCGUUUUGUGAGCGGAAGGUUUUAGUAAAUUAAAAUGGCAAAGCAUUUUAAAGGUUUAAGCUUUUUAAAUUAACCUAAAAAAACAUGUUAAACAACGGAGGACUACUAUUUUGAAUAUUUGGACUAUUAUUUUUGAACGAGAAAAAAUUAAAUUAAAAUUUGUUAAAUCGUAAUCCGAACGCUUUAAAAUUUUUGAAAAGGCUUAUAAAAAUUCUACUAAUCCGCCUGUAAGCCCUUAAAUUAAAAUAGAAUGUUUUUAUACAUAAUCGUACAUGAUUAAAUGUCAUUUUCUGUUCUUUAAAUCUGAGUAUUUUGUGGUUUCAGAUCGUUGUGAAGAUUCUUGCCUGUGUAUCAUUCCUUUAAUAAUGAAAGCGUUCCAGAUCUUUGUUCUUCUGUUUUCACUGUUGUGCUUUUAUGAAGUUUAUUUAUUUACCUAAUAAACAUUUUAUCUGAUUA